GCAGCACUGGUUUUAAAUGGUUUAAAAAUAGAAAAACGCAGUCUAUAUUAAUCUUGGAUGGGGUAUAAAACUAAGGUAGAGUUUGAAGUGAAGUCAACAAGACCUCAAGUACCGACAGUGUGUGUGUGGUCACUGAACAAUAAUUCAAAAAAUGCCUUUACACGUUGCCACUCGAGCCGACGACGCCGACAAACACGAAUUCGACGUCAACCAAUUGAUCUACCACAAGGGAAAAGUCUACUCUGGUGCUGACGAUGGCAAAAUCAAAAUGUGGGCUCCUGACUUGAAGUUCCUCAAAGAAGUUCAAGCUCAUCCAUGCUCGAUUUUCUCAAUCACAGCGAACGAUAACACCAUCUAUUCUUGUUCAAAUGAUGGUACGGUAAAAGGCUGGGAACUUGAAACUCUCAAAGAAAAAAAAUUGUUCCUGGAAGACAAAGAAGUCGAAUUCUGGAGAGUUAAACACGAUAAGGGUGUCUUGUACAUUGGGGACGACCAAGGCAAUCUGAGAAUUUACAAGAACUGUGAGACGUUUUACGGAUCGAUCAAUGUUGCGAUUCCGGUUAAAGACCUGGCCAUUAAAGAUAAUCUCAUUUUUGCGGCCAAGGACAACGAUGUGAUUGUCACCGAUCUGCAUUUGCAAGGGGAAAAACCACAAUUCGGAAUAAAGGCCACAAUCAUGGGGAGAGGUCCCUUGGCACUGGUUGACGACAAAGCCAUUUUUAUGUCUCGGGAGGGGAAAGAUAUUAUCGUGAAUCAGAUUAUGGAGCAACAACACUUUAAAGAAAUUGCAAGAGUUGCUGGAGCCCACGAUAUGAUUAUUAACGGGGCAACUGCAGUAAACUGGGAUGGUAAUGCAUUGUUAUUUACAGCAGGGUGGGACAAACUAAUCAAGCAGUGGAAAGUCGCCAAUGAUUCUCUCAAACUUGACGGCUCCUGCACUAUUGAUUUCAUCGUCAACACCAUGGUUUAUGGUGAUAAAGGCCAAGUGUAUGUGGCUGGAGGUGACGGCCAUGUUGCUCGUCUCGAUCUUUAGAUUUUGUUGUAUUUAUUAAUCUUGAUGUUCUGAGUAUUUUAUAAGUGUUUUUGUAAUUUUAACGAAUAAAAUUUACUCAAUUUCAA